AUGGCCAGCACCGCGCCACCCCAGCGCCAUGACGGAGACGCCGCCAACGCUAACAGCGGCCGCGGCCCGCAUGGCCCGACAUGCCCAGAUCGGGGCCCGCCCAUCGCCGCAGCCUCCAGAAGCAGCACCGCCGCCAUGGCCUCCGGCAGGCUCCUCCGCCCACGCGGCGAUCCCAGUCGCCGCACUUGCCCACCACCACUCAGCAGAAACCUUUCGCAGCAGCCAGGAGCGCCACGUCACGGCCGCCGCCGCUACCCGGGGACACCACCGCGGCAAUCCGCCGCACCUGCCCCGGACCUAGGCAGCACCACCGCGCGCUGCCGAAGAGGCCCAGCAGCACCUCGCAAAGCGAGGCCGACCGCCGACGCGCCCCGGACGCAGCGCUGCCGACGCGCCGCACAGCCCACCGCGCCGCCCAUCGCGGCCCUGAUCGGGCUCAGAUACCCGCUCCGCCCGCCGGCACCAUCAGCAGCGCCACGACCCCGCACGACCACCACGCGCCUUCCGCAGCCAGCCGUGCCCACCGCCGCCGUCGCGCCCGAGUGA